AACGUUUAAUUAGCGAACUAAUCAAUAAUCCACAUACAAAUAAUGUAUCUUCAAAGACAAGCAUUGCUUCCCUUUGGCUCGUUAUGUAACGUUACUUUCUAGUUGAAUUCCUGGCUAAAUACACAAAGCAGAGUUUGCUAACGUUAGCUUGUUAGCUAACUAAGCACACUUGCUUGAUUGUCAGCUAACGUUAACUUAGUAGUUACAAUUUUUAUAAAUAAACAAAGCUAAAUAGAUAGGUCCAGUCAAUUGGCUAGAUAUUAGUAACGUUAGUAGUUAUAAAGAUGUGUAUAAUAUACUUUUCAUUGUCUGAUUUCAGAUUGUCACGCAGCACCCAUGGGCUACUAGCUAACGUAGCUCACUCGUUAGCUAGCUAACGUUACUGUAGCUAUACUGAACAAAAAUAUAAACGCAGCAUGUAAAGUCUUGAUUUCAUGAACUGAAAUAAAAUAUCCCAGAAAUGUUCCAUACGCACAAAAAUACGUAUUUCUCUCAAAUUUUGUGCACAAAUUUGUAUAUAUCCCUUUAAUGAGCAUUUCUCCUUUGCAAAGCUAAUGCAUCCACCUGAUAUGCGUCGCAUAUCAAGAAGCCGAUUAAGCAGCAUGCGCAUUACACAGGUGCACCUUGUGCUUGGGGGACAAUAAAAGGCCACUCUAAAAUGUGCAGUUUCGUCACACAGCACAAUGCCACAGAUGUUUUGAGGGAGCGUGCAAUUGGCAUGCUGACUGCAGGGAUGUCCACCAGAGUUAAUUUCUCUACCAUAAGCCGCCUCCAACGUCAUUUUAGAGAAUUUGGCAGUACAUCCAACCGGCCUCACAACCGCAGACCACGUGUAACCACGCCAGCCCUGGUCCUCCACUUCCAGAUUCUUCACCUGCGGGAUCGUCUAAGACCAGCGACCCGGACAGCUGAUGAAACAGGAGUAUUUCUGUCUGUAAAAAAGCCCUUUUGUGGGGGAAAACUCAUUCUGGUUGGGUCGUCCUGGUUCCAAGUGGGUGGGCGUAUGUCCUCCCAGGCCCACCCAUGGCUGCACCCCUCUGGUCAGAUGAGUGGUGAUACUGAUCGAAAUAAGGAGUUCCAUGAGCAGCUCCGGUUGCAGCAGCUGUAUGGCCAGAGACAGGGGGACGGAGCUGACCCUAACACCUUCGUGGACCCAGAGGAUGGGACAGUGUAUGACUGGGACCAUGACAAGAAAGCAUGGUUUCCUAAAAUAACAGAGGACUUCCUUGCUGCGUAUCAAGCGAACUACGGCUUCACAAAGGAUGGGCAGCAUGAUCCAAAUGCUGCGUGUGCACCUGACACGGACACAACAGCCAAGCCAGAGGAGGGGAAGAAAGCCGAGAAGCGCACUGACACGGAACAGCUGAAAGAUGGCAAAAAGGAGAAAGGAGAGAAAAGGAAGGCUGAUACUGCAGCCUGGUUUGAUGUGGAAACUGACAAGAAUACCAAUGUGUACGUGUCAGGUCUUCCACCGGACAUCACCACGGAGGAGUUUGUUGAGGUCAUGUCUAAGUGUGGCAUUGUUAUGAGGGACCCCAUCUCCGAGGAGUACAAAGUCAAACUCUACAGGGACGGCCAGGGGAACCAGAAAGGCGACGGACUCUGCUGUUACUUAAAGAAGGAGUCUGUGGCCCUGGCUGAGCGACUGAUUGACGAGUCAGAGAUCAGGGGGUAUCAGCUCCACGUGGAGGCUGCCAGGUUCGAGCUCAAGGGCCAGUACGACGCCAGUAAGAAGAAGAAGAAGAGCAAGGAUUACCGCAAGAGGAUGAAGGCACAGCAGAAGCAGCUGGACUGGAGGCCAGAGAAGAAAGGGGAGGCGCGCAAGAGGCAUGAACGUGUGCUCAUCAUCCAGAACAUGUUCCACCCCAGUGACUUUGAGGAAGACCCCCUGGUGUUAAAUGAGUACCGAGACGACCUCCGGACUGAAUGUGAGAAAUUUGGUCAGGUGAAGAAGGUCAUCAUUUUUGAUAGACAUCCUGAUGGAGUGGCCUCGGUGGCCUUCAAAGAGCCAGAGGAUGCAGACGUGUGUCAGAUGGCGCUGGACGGCCGCUGGUUUGGUGGCAAGAAGUUAUCAGCACAGCUGUGGGAUGGAUCCACUGACUACCAGGUGGAGGAAACCGCGAGGGAGCGAGAGGAGAGACUGAAAGGCUGGGCAGCCUACCUAGAGGGUGGGAGCAAGGGGCCUGCACCGCCGGGGGCACCGCCAGGGAGUACAGAGGGACCAACCACAACCACAGAGGAGUCAUCCAGCAAGGCAGAGGGGCCUGUGACAGAGCCCUCCAACUCUCAGAGCCAGGAAGCAGGAGCAAAGGCAGCAGUAGACCCUGGGGUGGAACCAAAGACCUCUGAGGACGCAGAAGUAAGUUCCACUGACAGCAGCCUGGCAGGAAGUGAUGAAGAAGACACGUAGACAGACACACAGACUUCACUGUACACCUCCUUGUGUUCAGCAUAUAAAAGGACAGUCUUGCCUGACAUCUGCUAAACUGCCCCCACACCUUGUUUGAUUGGUGGAAAGUGACACACUGAGGAAUAAGGCUAUUGGGAUGGAAAUACUCUGUUGCAUACUUAGUGAUGAAUAAUAAAAAAAAGUUAUUUUCAAUUCUUUCCCUCCACAAUGACCUGUUCUAUUGAUUGACCUCAAUAAUUUGCAACAUCACUUUUAUGUCUUUUAUACUAGGAAUUUGUGUAAUGAACUAAAUGAUCUUGGUCUUGAUUUGAAUACGCUGGGAAUGGAUACGCAGUUAGAGACCAAGCUUCUGAGAGGUCUGAAACUGAAAGGAUUUACAUCCAUGUUUCUCAUUGUCUCUCUUGAAUAUAGCAGCGAACUCGAUUUCAACCGUAAAAGCUCCAUCCUGUCCUGUCAUGAUUUGUUUUGAGAUGGAAAAUAAAUGUUACCAGUGGCAACCGUG